AUGCGUUGUAAUUGGAGUGUUUUAACAGCGCUGCUAACGUUGACGUUAGCUCUGGCAGAGGUAACGACAGCGACAUCGACGUCAGCAGCCGAAGCGGAGCUCUAUGGCGAUAUACACGUUCAGGGAGAGUUCGAAUCACUCAGUCAAACACGACAGCGCCAGCAGCAGCAGCAUCUGUGCCAGCGUGAGCUGCCUGCAAUCUUCUUUCAGACACUGAAGAAUUCUCCUGUGCGUGGCAAUGGCUCUACGAUUUAUUAUCAUCGCAUUGAGGUCUGCUGUGAUGGCUAUCGCCCAGAUCCGUAUUCGGAGCAUUGUGUGCCAGAUUGUGGCCACAGCUCGCCAGACAACUGUCGCAAUGGCUUCUGCCGUGCUCCCGGAUAUUGCGAGUGCUUCGCAGAGUUCGUGCGCAAUGAUCAGGGUGCAUGCAUUCACACCUGUCCCAUCGCCUGUCAGCAUGGACGAUGCUAUCUCAAUGGCACCUGUGUUUGCAAGCCAGGCUAUGUACUCGAUGCCGAGACGCGUCUCUUCUGUCGUCCCGAGUGUCCCACCGCCUGUGGCACACAUGAGGAAUGUGUGGCUCCUGGUCAAUGCAACUGCCUAACUGGUUAUCGCCGUACUGCGCAAUUGGGCUGUCAACCGAUCUGUGCCCCAGACUGUGGAUACGGAAAAUGUGUGGCGCCCAAUCAAUGCGAAUGCUUUCCCGGUUUUAUAAAGCGACCUCAGCGCAAUGUCUGCGAGGCCGAGUGUUACAUUAAUUGCGAGAAUGGUUUCUGCGAGUCACGCUACAAGUGCCAUUGCCGAGAGGGUUAUCGCUAUGAUGUCAACACCACCAGCUGCUUGCCCGAGUGCCAGGACAACUGUGGCCAGGGCAACGGAGUUUGCAUGGCUCCUGGUGUCUGUCGCUGCUUCGAGGGCUACGAGCUGCACGGCAACAGCUGUGUACCAAAGUGCGAGCGAUCUUGUGGCCAGUAUGGCAAAUGCCUGGCACCCAAUGUGUGUGGCUGUGUUCCUGAUAAUCAGCUCUGCCAGCUGGGCAGCUGUGAUGCCAAUGGCCAUUGCCAGUGUCCAACUGGACAAGUCAACUUCGUUGGUCGCUGUCUGCAGCCGCAGCACAUUGAACAUCAUCUAAGUAGCUUGGAUCGGCGGAGGGAGCGAAGUGAAGAACUGAAAUACGAAUUUAAUGCACUGAUUGGACGUCUGUUUAAUUUGAUUUGGGAAUGAGACAUAGACACAGAUCGACUUUAAUUAUAAAUAAAAAUGCAUAUUAAACGCGCUGACAGCUCUGACGUCCUUUGAUGCCGCUCUUGAUGAAUCCCGGCUGGCAGAUGCAGAAAUUGGGCGCACUGCAGAAGCCAUUGGGGCAGCCUUGUGGACAGUGUGGUUGGCAAAUGUUGCGCUGCAGCUCGUCGAGAAUGUAGCCAGGUUUGCACUCGCAUUUGUUUUGGCCAAUGCAGACACCAUUCAAGCAAGGAAUAUCACAGUGGGGCACACACUGGCCACUCUUGUGAUCCCAUUCAUUGCCUGGCUGGCACUCACAGGUGUUGGGCGCAGUGCAGCGUCCAUUUUGGCAGGGUCUAUUGAAGACAUUCAUUAGCAGCAAUAUAGGGUAUUAAGUUGAUCGACUUACUUUUCGCAAAUGGGUUCGCAGCGUCCCUCAACCUUCAAGUAGCCAGUGUUACAGCUGCAGACUCCUGGAGCCGUGCACUGUCCGUUCUCGCACUGUUCACAGACGGGAGCACAGCUGCCAUCGGCUGCUUGCCGAUACCCAGGCAGACAGUCGCAUUUAUUGGGUGCCACACAAUGGCCAUGGGCACAGCCUGGCUUGCACUCGGGCAGACAGUACUUCUGGCUAACGGGAUCUAAGGUGUAGCCCUCAUGACAGCGACAUUGAUUCUGCUCAUCGCACACGCCAUUUCCACAACCCAGGGGGCAGGUGGAGAUGCAUUUACCCUCCACGUUCCUCACGUGUCCCGGUAUGCAGACACAGGUAUUAGGCGCCGUGCAGAUCCCGUUGGGACAAUCGUCAGCGCAGACUGGCUCACAGCGACGAUAGAUGUGCGGAUUGCGUUCGUAU